ACAUUAAAACUAUAUUACGUCAACCUUUUCCGGCCCACCCCGGAAGUGAUGAACGAUCAAACUGUCAUGGCUGUAAAAAGUAGUGUUUGGUCAAUUCCACUCUUAAUAUUACUGUUUUCCGUAUCUUUUAUGCAUCUAUUCUUUUGUCCGUUCACUAAAGUGGAGGAGAGCUUUAACUUACAAGCCGCGCAUGAUCUUCUUUAUCACAGAUUUGACCUCGAUAAGUAUGACCAUCAUGAGUUCCCUGGUGUCGUGCCGCGUACUUUCAUCGGACCCUUGGUCAUCUCCACUGUCUGCUCCCCUGUGGUGUUUCUGUCCUCGCUGCUGCAGCUACCCAAGUUCUACGCUCAGCUGAUAGUACGAGCAUCGCUGGGAAUUUUUGUAGUGGCUGCACUCUGGCACAUGCACAAGGAGGUGAGGAGACAGUUUGGAUCAACGGUGUCUUUCCUCUUCUGCCUGACAUGCACAUCCCAGUUCCACCUCAAUUUCUACAGCACCAGGACGCUGCCGAAUGUGUUCGCCCUGCCACUUGUUCUCGUGGCAUUCACUUCCUGGAUGGCAAACAAACACGGGAGGUUCAUCAGCAUCUCUGCGUUUGUCAUCAUUGUGUUCCGGUCUGAACUGUGCAUCUUCUUGGGCCUCAUGCUGCUGAUUUCACUGCUAAGGCGAAAGAUUCGCCUCCUGGAACUUCUGUACUACGCCAUUCCUGCUGGGAUCCUGUCUCUGACUGCGACUGUGGCUGUGGACUCGUUUUUCUGGAGAAGGCUUGUGUGGCCAGAAGGUGAAGUUCUGUGGUUCAACACCAUUCUCAACAAGAGCUCCAACUGGGGAACCUCCCCCUUUCUCUGGUACUUCUACUCGGCUCUUCCCAGAGGCCUCGGCUGUUCAUUGCUGCUUGUACCCUUUGGGCUCCUGGACCGACGGAUGACGCCUCUGCUGAUGCCCGCCGUGGGCUUCAUCCUUGUCUACUCGCUGCUGCCACAUAAAGAGCUGCGCUUCAUCAUUUAUACCUUCCCGGUCUUCAAUCUGGUGGCGGCGCGCGGAUGCUCCUUCAUCUUGAGUAACUACCAGAAGUCGUGGAUGUACAAGCUGGGCUCAGCUGUGGUGGUGGUUCAGCUCCUGGCUAACCUGGCGUACUCCAGUUUGUGUCUCUUUGUCUCCCACCACAAUUACCCAGGGGGCCAGGCGAUGCAGGAACUUCACCAGCUGGUCCCAGAACAAAAAGAUGUUUUCGUUCACAUCGACACGUUCGCGGCUGAAACUGGAGUCACUCGCUUUCUGGAGCAGAACUCCAACUGGAGAUACGACAAACGAGAGGAUCUGAGCUUCGCAAGCCCAGAGAUGAAAAUGUACUCUCACCUUGUAAUGGAGUUCAACAACACCAAGAUUAAGAUGCUGCAGGACUCCCACCGACCUCUGACCUUCAUCCAAGGUUACAGUAAAUUGGUGUUUAGCUGGUUUCCUCCUGUCAGAGUACAGUUAGACAGAAAAACAGUGCUGAUGGAGCGGAGGACGUGAGUUCCAAAAACAUUCCAUGUACUAUAUCCUUCCUGUUCUUUCACUCAAGAUAUUUUUGUUUGGUUUAUAAAAAAAAAGUAUUUAUUCUCAAUGUUUACUUGCUGAUACAAGGUUCAGUAGCUUCUCAUUCAACGGAAUAAAUGCAUU